AUGUUCUCUCCCCGGACUGUGGUUAUGGAUCCACGCAGGGAGUCGUGAUCAGGGUCCUUCCGCAGGUUUGCCAGUGUUUGCAGUGACAUUCUGCUGGAGGUUCUGGAGGAUCGGGUCAGCUCUGGACCAGAAGAGAAGACACACGAUCCGUUUGGGCUGUCCGCAGGAAACUGAAACUCUGCAGCUUUUAAAACUCCUGUCGUCUUUCUGUGCUUUCGCCUUUUUUAAGUUGUUUUUGCUGUGAUGUGAGAUGUGCACGGAGCAGCCAUGAUGCACGCUGGAAGUUUAGCCCUCUCCUUCUGAACUCCCACCAGUUUUUGUGCAUUUCCCCCCACCAUUCUCCAACUUGCAGGAGGCGAUCAGAGCAAAUGGCCAACGCGCGCAAACCGCGGCUGUGCGUCAUCGCCAAACGGGAGAACGGGUAUGGGUUCCACCUGCACGGAGAGAAGGGGAAAAGUGGACAGUUCAUCCGCAAAGUGGAGCCCGCGUCCCCAGCGGAGGAGUCGGGGCUGCGCGCCGGGGACAGAGUGGUGGAGGUGAACGGAGUCAACGUGGAGAAGGAGACGCACCACCAGGUGGUGCAGCGGAUCAAGGCAGUGGACCAUGAGACGCGGUUGCUGGUGGUUGAUCAGGAGACGUACGACAGCCUGCGCAGCCUCCAUCUCACAGCCACGGAGGACAUGGCCAUUCUCGGGACGGCAGUUGCUGCACCUUCACCCCCUGCUUCCCCGUCUCCGGUGCCGUCCUCGACCCCCGCCUCCCCCACCAAGAAGCGCCAGAACGGCUCUGUGUCCAAGCAGCCCUCCACGCAGAGCAGCCAGGUGCAGAAGCCCACUAGGAGGUCACCAUCAAAGGCUGUGAAGAAGGAGGCCGUAACACCGGAGGAAGAUCCCGCUCAGCCCCAGUCCAGUCCUCAGAUCGACCCGUCUGAGCUCGUCCCGCGUCUGUGCCACCUGGUGCGGUCCAAGAUGGGCUACGGAUUCAACCUCCACAGUGACCGGUCGCGGCCCGGUCAGUACAUCCGCUCCCUAGACCAGGGAUCGCCUGCAGAAAGUGCUGGACUCCGACCCCAGGAUCGACUCAUCGAGGUGAACGGUGUGAGCAUUGAGGGUAUGAAGCAUUCGGAGGUCGUGGCCUUUAUCAAGAAAGGAGGAGACCAGACGUGGCUGUUGGUGGUGGAUCCGGACACGGACGAACACUUUAAGAAGAGUGGAGUGGUUCCUACGAUCAGCCACGUCAAAGAUUAUGAUGGUCCGCCCAUAUCCAACGGCACUCAGGUCAACGGGAACUCCACCACUCAGUCCAUCAGGUCCACUCAGUCUGACCUCAGCAGCCAGGGCAACAGCACGCAGCUGGCUGAUGACGAGGGCAGCCAGCUCUUAGACCCGUUUGCUGAGAUAGGCCUGAGUCUGAGCGCCACAGCGGCAGAGGAGAAGUUGAAAGUCCACUCCAAAGAAAAGAAGAAGGCGCCGCAGAUGGACUGGAUGAAGAAAUACGAGCUCUUCAGUAAUUUCUAGGACAUUCCUCUCCAGAAACACUUCGAGAGACCAAAGGCCGGCGCUCCUUCUGAGCGGACAAGAAUUACGGAUGAAUCCUGGUGUUAAACGUGGCGAGAACAUAAAAAUUCUCCAAAAGGAUUUUAAUCCCAUUUCAGACCUCCUUUAAGAGCUUCUCCUCUGUCCACACAAACAAAGAGCUGAAUGCAAAAAACUGUUGAAUUCGCAGAUAAGGGUAUUUACCAAAAGACUGAUAUCAGCUCUACAUUAAUGAUCUGAUAAUUCUUACUCAGAAAGACUCAUCAUAGCAACUAUUUUUUAUAUUUAAAAUGUAUAAACAAAUUAAAUAAUUAGUAUCCCAUCAUCAUGGACUGCCUACAGGAAAGUCUACUAUUGUGGAUUUAAUGUUUGUGGAUAUUGAGGGGUAUUUUUAUUUUCCGUAUCCAUCUGAGGACAACAGAAGCUGUCAGAAGAUCACUGUGAACGAGUUGAGGCUCUCCACGUCCAUCCCGUGCAGUUACUUUAUUUGAUAAGUGUGUUUUACAUGCAUUUGUACUCAAAUUAAUCAAAUCGUCAACGUUCAAGAUCUGAUCCACUGUGGCUCAAUCCUGUUUGGAUUUUAACAGCUUCCAGUGCUACAGUCUUAAUAUCUCUGAUCAAAUCUUUACAGAAGGAGGUUGAGCACAGAAAUGCACAACAGAAGGUGUGAACGCUAAUGAUCAGAGUGGAAAAGGGACAAAAAAACACCAGAAGGAAUGAGGUAUAGUAUAAAAGCACAUGGAGAUGAGGGAGGAGUUGGAAGGCUUGAGGUGUUCAGCAAAAAUAAUGGCCUUUUAACUGAUUAACAAAUUAGAUAUUCAUGUGGGACUGAGCUUGAACGUUAAAUUCCAAGAUGUGUUAUAAAGACAUUUGUGACACCCUGAAGCAAAGUUUCUGCGGAAAGAUUAUAAACAGCUAAGCUAACGGCUAGUCCAAACACAUCCAAGAAGAAAAGGGACCGAUAUCUCCAAGAUGCAUCUGCAGUUUAUGCAAAUUUUGUCGGCCUUUAUGCAGUUUCACAUUACGUGGUUAGUUACAACGAACUAUAUAAGCGAGGACAAACAUCA